AUGGCGGAUGAAGUGUUCACGAAUCAGCCUGUGGUGAUCGACAACGGAUCGGGCGUGCUCAAGGCUGGCUUUGCUGGCGAUGAAUCACCCAAAGUGAACUUCCACACUAUUGUGGGCAAGCCAAAGCACAAGAGGAUAAUGGCGGGAGCGGUGGAGGGCGAAUACUUUGUCGGGUCGAAGGCCGAGGAGCUGCGCGGACUGCUAAAGCUCAAGCGACCGAUCGAGCACGGCAUCGUCACCGACUGGACCGAAAUGGAGCACAUCUGGAACCACACUUACUCUGAGCUCAAGAUCCAGUCCGAGGACCAUCCGGUGUUGCUCACUGAGGCGCCGCUCAACCCGCGGAAGAACCGAGAGAAGGCAGCGGAGGUGUUCUUUGAGACCUUCAACGUGCCCGCGCUCUACGUCUCGCUUCAAGCAGUGCUCAGUCUGUACGCAUCGGGUCGCACGACCGGUGCCGUGCUGGAUUCGGGCGACGGUGUCUCACACGCCGUACCCAUCUUCGAGGGCUUUGCCAUGCCUCACGCCAUUCAGCGCAUUGAUGUUGCUGGAAGGGAUGUGACACACAACCUGCAGACGUUGCUGAGGCACGCUGGCUACAACUUCCACACCAGCGCGGAGCGGGAGAUUGUCAGACAGAUCAAGGAGACCGUGUGCUACGUCGCGUUUGACCCCAAGAAAGAGGAGGAGCUGUUGGAAUCGGAGAAGAGCAAAAAGCCGGUGCACGUCAACUACAAGCUUCCCGACGGCAACGUCAUCGAGGUGGGCAUGGAGCGCUUCAACGCGCCCGAAGUUUUGUUCAACCCCGAGCUGAUCGGUGAAGAGUACCCCGGCAUCCAUGAGACCAUCACCAACUCAAUUCAGAAGGUUGACGUUGACCUGCGAAACGUGCUCUACCAAAACAUCGUGCUCUCCGGUGGCUCCACGCUCUUCCCUGGUUUCGGUGAUCGUCUGCUGGACGAGGUGAAGGGUCUGGCUCCGGCCAACAUCAAGAUCAAGAUCUCGGCGCCGCCUGAGCGCCUCUACUCGACGUGGAUCGGCGGCUCCAUCCUGGCGUCCCUCGCCACGUUCAAGAAGAUGUGGGUCUCGAGCGAAGAGUGGGAGGAGGACGGCAAGGCCGCCAUCCACAGAAAGACCUUCGCGUAG